AUGUCGGCGCCUACAAAAUCGCCGGCCGACGAGCCCACCAUGUUUGAGUCCGCGCGUGCAGCGCGCACGACCGCGCCAGAAUCAGGCCCCGAGGCGGCAUACAAGGCCAAAGCGGAUGUGCUCAACCAUGAAAUCCAGGACAUCGGCAUGGGCCGGUACCAGUGGCAGCUGUUCGUGGUGAUCGGCUUCGGCUGGGCAAGCGACAACCUCUGGCCGAUCGCAACAUCGCUGAUCCUGCCGCCGCUGUCAUACGAGUUCCACGCCUCGCAGGCGCCGCUACUCACCCUCGCGCAGAACAUCGGGCUGCUCGUCGGCGCGGUGUUCUGGGGCUUCGGGUGCGACGUGUUCGGGCGCCGGUGGGCGUUCAACUUGACCAUCGGUAUCACGGCGGUGUUUGGGCUGGCCGCGGCGGGCUCGCCGAAUUUCGGCGCCGCGUGUGCAUUUGCGGCGCUGUGGUCUGUUGGGGUUGGGGGCAAUCUGCCGGUUGAUUCGGCCAUUUUUUUGGAGUUUUUGCCCGGCUCGCACCAGUGGCUCUUAACGGUUCUGUCGGUCGACUGGGCCUUUGCGCAGUUGUUGGCUAAUCUCGUCGCUUGGCCACUUCUGGGCAACAUGUCAUGCGGGUCGGGGGAGGGCUGCAGGAAAGCGAAGAAUAUGGGGUGGCGGUACUUUCUCAUUGCCAUGGGCGGGCUGGCGAUGGUCAUGUUUGUCGUCCGGUUUGUGUUCUUCACCAUCUACGAGUCGCCCAAGUACUUGAUGGGCAAAGGGAGGAAUGCGCAGGCAGUCGAGGUGGUGCAUGAAGUGGCCCACAGGAACGGCAAGGCUUCGUCUUUGACUCAGGACGAGCUCGAUGAUCUCGACGAGGGUGAGUCGCACGGGUUCACCGCGACCAACAUCGUCCGGCAGCGACUGGACAAGCUUCGGUUUGAGCAUAUUCGAGCCCUCUUCGACACCCCCCGAAGAGCAUACUCCACCACCCUGAUCAUUCUUGUCUGGGCUUUCAUUGGUCUGGGCUUCCCUCUAUACAACGCAUUCCUCCCAUACAUCCAGCAGUCCCGGGGUAUCGAGUUCGGCGACGGAUCAACAUACAUCACGUACCGAAACUCGCUAAUCAUCGCCGCCAUGGGCAUUCCUGGCUGUCUCCUCGGCGGCCUGCUAGUUGAGCUCCCACGCUUCGGGCGAAAAGGCGCAUUAUCGACUUCAACAGCAUUGACUGGUGCGUUUCUGCUCGCAUCAACAACAGCAACCACAUCGAACGCCUUGCUGGGAUGGAACUGCGCCUACAAUUUCAUGAGCAGUCUCAUGUACGCCGUGCUCUAUGCGUACACGCCAGAAAUAUUCCUGACGAAAGAUCGCGGGACGGGCAAUGCACUGACAGCUUCCUCCAAUCGCAUAUGCGGCAUUAUGGCGCCUAUCAUUGCUAUGUUUGCUAAUCUGAACUCUGCUGCACCGGUGUAUGUUAGUGGGGCGUUGUUCGUUGUAGCAGGCAUUUUGGUGGUCUUACUGCCAUAUGAGUCGAGAGGAAAGGCAAGUCUGUAA